AUGUCCGACAACUUGAAUGAUGAUAACGCCGAGGGCAAUUCCUGGGGUUCUCAUAUGAAAGAGGAUGGGACUCGCUGGGGCCGAAAGCCCGAUGUAGGCUAUGAGCACGCUAGCACCCCGACUCCGGACCAGGACCUUGGAGGUGGUGGCUACGAUGAUAAUGUCUGCCGCAUCUGUCAUCAACCUGAUCAUUUUGCUCGUAACUGUCCCAACGAGGUCCCGGAGUACUCCACAUACCCUCAGGAGACACGCGGCUGCUUCAACUGUGGCCAGGAGGGUCACUCAAAGGCUGAAUGCACUGAGCCGCGGAAGUUCACCGGGGCUUGCUUCAACUGUGGUGAAGAAGGCCAUUCCAAGGCCGAGUGCACCAAACCGCGAGUGUUCAAAGGCACCUGCCAUAUUUGCGACAAGGAGGGUCACCCGGCUGCCGAUUGCCCAGAGAGACCUCCUGAUAUGUGCCGCAACUGCGGUGCUGAAGGCCACCAAGCCAUGGUCUGCAAGGCACCGCGCAAGUUCGAUUUGAAAAAUGUCGCAGACAGACUGCCCGAGGAGGCAUGGGGCAUGAUGAAGGCCGCAGGAACGGAUACCAUCGAAUUCCGUUCGGCGCUUCAGGUGUACACUAAAGCCGUCCCCAAGGCCACCUAUGUUGACAUUGAAAAGAAGAUGCGAGAGGAGAAAUACCCCCUCUACACAAUCGCCGUGGAAAAUGAAGUUGCAGAUGUGUUCACACUGAUUGACCUUCAAGGCAACCUAGACCGGCGAUACACCGUCUCGUUUUACCGAGGCCCUGACUCCCCCCGAAACGCUCUCAACGCCCGAUGGCCUGAGAGCCCUGCUAAGAACCUUGAGCGGUUGGCAAAUUCAGGUCAGCCUUAUGAUCGCCAAGUCCUAAAGUGCCGCAACUGUGAUGAAAUGGGCCAUUCUGCAAAUAAUUGCAAGCAGGAGCGAACUGAGGCUGAGCGCACCCAAAUCAAGUGCUCCAACUGCGAGGUCAUUGGCCAUCGUGUGCGUGAUUGCCCAGAGAAACGUCGCAACAAGCAUGGGUGCCGUAACUGCGGCUCCGAAGAACACCAGGCCAAGGACUGCCCGAAGCCUCGUGUUGCUCCCCCUGAUACCGAAUGUCGCCGGUGCCAUGAACUCGGUCAUUUUGCCCAAGACUGCCCCAAGGGUGGUGAUGAUCGGGGGCCGCGCACUUGCCGCAACUGCGGAUCCGAGGACCACAUCGCUCGUGAGUGCGACAAGCCUCGUGACCCGGCCACUAUCACUUGCCGCAACUGUGAUCAGCUAGGUCACUCCGGCCGUGAUUGUCCGCAGCCCAAGGACUGGUCCAAAGUCCAGUGCAAUCGUUGUGGCGAAUUUGGCCACACUGUCCGUCGUUGCCCGCAGCCUGAGGACUCGGGUGAGACCGAAGACAACGAGACUGCCCAGGCUGUGAGCCCGGGUGCACAGAAAUCAGCACUUGGCUCCCACACAGCUUCUGUGGCUGAUACCACUGCGCCGGUGGCUGAAGAUGAUGACGACGAUCUUAAAGAUCAGGCGUGGUAG